AUGUACGCUGCCAGUAAACUAUGUAGUCAUAACACCUGGGAGCUGCAUCAAAUGCCGAUCAAGGCCUCAUAUUGCGAUGCCUGGUUUGCCGCGUGCCAGGCUGAUCAUUUCUGCACAGGAUUCGAUGGAGACUUCUUUUCUUGUGCAGGACUAUCAAAGAACGUCGACAAAGAGGCCCAAAUCAUGAACCAGACCUGGGGGGCAGUUUCUCGAGGCAUUGCAGCUGCAGACAACUAUGCUCGAGAGACCAUGUAUCGGAUGCUGCACAUGGCCGUGGUGAUCACCAGCACGGUGGCAGUCUUGGCUUGUGGGAUUGGAGGUUUCUUGAUACAUCGAGAAUGCCAAGGAAAACCCGUCUUUAAGCCGCCACCUUUUCGGGCUGCACCGAGCCUGAUGGGUGCUCAACAGUAUUUGGAGCUCUCAGAAGUCUCCUGA